AUGUCCAAAGAGAUUAUCCUGAUUACUGGCGCUAAUACCGGGAUUGGUUGGGAGACUGCUAAGGCAUUGCUUCAAUCCACAAAGUCCUACCACAUACUUUUAGGAAGCCGGUCCAUGUCCAAAGCAGCCGACGCUAUUGCCAAGCUAGUCGAACAUGUUCCGACCACUCAAAACACAGUGGAGGGCAUACAAAUAGAUAUCGCAGAUGACAAAUCUAUCCAACGAGCGGCGCACAUGAUUGAGAACAAAUGGGGUAGAGUUGAUGUCCUUGUGAAUAAUGCAGGUGUUGCAUUCGACAUCCUGGUUGGUACUGACGCUACCAAUGCCCGUUCCGUCUUCAACGAAACAUACAACAUCAACGUCUCCGGGACAAACAUGAUGACUUUUGUUCUUGCAAGCCUUCUACUAAAAUCGCCGUCUCCUCGCCUAUUGUUUCUUACAUCGGGACUAUCUACAAUGGGCGGAUUUACACAGAGUCACAUACCUGUACAAAAUGUUGAGCUUGGACGGCCAAAAAAGGAUUUUGCAACCGCACAGGCUUAUAGAUGUAGCAAGGCGGCCAUAAACAUGCUGAUGCUUAUUUGGAAUUUUACUCUGAAGCAGGACGGUGUCAAAACAUGGGCAAUCGCUCCUGGGCUUUUGGCAACGACCAUGGUGGGUGAUCCCGAGAUUCUGAAGCAACGUGGAGCUCAGCCUCCUUCUUUGGGGGGACAAUUCAUCAGAAGUGUGAUCGAAGGUGAGCGAGAUGCUGAUGUUGGUAAAGUAAUUGCUCGGGAUGGAGUCAUCCAACUCUGGUAA